AAAUAAUCUCUUUCUCUCUCUCUCUCUCUCUCUCUCACUAUCAUCGUUAAAUUCGGCAAAGCUUUCGCUUGCUUAUUUAUGGCAAUUUCUUACAUCGAUCCUUUAGUUUAGUCUCUCUCUCCCCCUUUGUCGAUUCAGACACAGAGAGGAGAGAGAGACAAAGAAAAUGAGACUUUUGUUGAUCAUGGGACAAGAGAGACUUGACGACGAAGAGAGACCCGAGUCACCUGAUCUUCACGUCUACGGUGGUACACCAUCUCAUUCGACGCGUCUAGGCCCGAUCCGGUGUUCUGCAUUCGCCGGAGACCUGAUCAAUCCAAAACAAACGAUAAAGCGAGGGAACAAGAAGAGAAUACGAGCUUGUUCCGAGAGAGGAACGGCUAAAGCAGCCAUUGGCGUUAUCGCGAUUUUGGGUUUCUUUUGCCUCGUUAAUUGGUUCAUGCUCUCUCGCCUUCACGAAGGUCGUGUCUGGCUUCGAAGAGGACUCUCUAAGAACCCUAACCGGAACCCAAAACUGAUUCUUUCACAGAAGGGAGAGCGUAAAAGGUUUGAAAAAUCAAAGAGGAAAUAUAAUGGAACAUAUGGUCGGAUGUUGAGUUUGGCUUCUCAUGCUUUGGGAGAGGUAAAUAACAAACUUGAGCCAAAAGACUUAUGGCAGGAGCCAAGGGAACAAGCUUCGGCAUGGAAGCCUUGCGCUGAGAAACGUUCUUGGACUCCUAAUGAUGGCAAAAAUGGAUAUAUAAUGGUAACUGCAAACGGAGGGAUUAAUCAACAAAGAGUUGCUGUAUGUAACAUUGUUGUUGUAGCUCGACUGCUCAAUGCGACUCUCGUCAUUCCUAAGUUCAUGUUGAGUGACGUUUGGACAGAUGCAAGUCAGUUUGGAGAUAUCUACCAAGAGGAACAUUUUAUGAAGUAUUUGUCUCCCGAUAUUCGGAUAGUAAAGGAACUACCAAACGAUCUUCAGUCUUUGGAUCUUGAACCAAUCGGCAGUGUCGUGACAGAUAUAGAAAUGAUGAAAGAAGCCAAACCAGACUUCUAUAUGAAACAUAUUCUCCCUAUACUACUCAAGAACGAAGUAGUCCAUUUUGUCGGAUUCGGUAACCGCUUAGCCUUUGAUCCAAUGCCAUUUGAGUUACAGAGGCUUCGGUGCAGAUGUAACUUUCACGCGCUAAACUUCAUCCCGAGAAUACAAGAAACUGCGGCUUUGCUUGUGAGGAGAUUACGAGGAAGCGGAUCUUACGUUGCACCUCUUGAUCAACAACUUCUUGGUCCAAAAUUCGCUUCCUCAGUCUUGGACAAUAAGUCGUCUGAUCCUCCUUUGCAGCAGGAGGGUGCUUCUUCUUCUAAGUACCUUGCUCUCCAUCUACGGUUUGAAAUCGACAUGGUGGCUCACUCUCUAUGUUACUUUGGAGGAGGCAAAACAGAAGAGAAAGAGUUCGAUUCUUAUCGCCAAAAACACUUUCCAUCUCUUUCAACUUUAACUAAAACAAAAAAGUUCCCAUCUGCUGAUGUUUUGAGGACGGAAGGACUUUGUCCGUUAACACCCGAAGAAGCCGUGCUUAUGCUCGCGGCUCUCGGCUUCAACCGUGAAACCCGAGUUUUUGUAGCUGGCGCAAAUAUAUAUGGAGGAUCAAAACGGUUAGCCGUGUUAACAAGCUUAUACCCGAACGUAGUCACCAAAGAGAAGUUACUAACACAAUCCGAGCUACAACCAUUCAAGAACUUUUCAUCUCAGCUAGCGGCAUUAGAUUUCAUCGCUUGUGCUGCGGCAGAUGCGUUUGCGAUGACGGAUCCAGGGAGUCAGUUAUCGUCUCUAGUAUCGGGCUAUCGGAUAUAUUACGGAGGCGGGAAAAUGCCGACAAUAAGACCGAACAAACGGAGACUUUCGGACAUAUUGAUGAAGAACAGUACGAUAGAGUGGAACGUGUUUGAGAAAAGAGUAAGGAAAGCGAAUAGACAAACAAAACAUGUAUCCGCUAGACCUACUGGACGCAGCGUUUACCGUUACCCAAGAUGUAAAGAAUGUAUGUGUCAUGCAUGAUAAAGAUCAAUAAUAAUAAAAUUUCAUGAUU